AUGCCUGCUGAGAAUGAGUCGCCCGCUCGCGAGCCCGCUAUUCGCGGCCGCGGCAGGGGCGGCCGUGGUGGUCGCGGUGGCGGACGAGGCAGAGGCGGUGGCCGAUUAGCAGCCACAGCCGCAGUUUCGGCUGCCAAAUUGUCCGCGGCCAGACCCGGCCGCGGAGGCUCCCGCAGAGGUCGCGCAAAGGUCUUUGCCGACUCCCACGUCCAGGCCUCGUACGAACGCCAGCGCCAUCUCAAGGCCAACUACCAGGCCGUUGCCCACGCGCUCAAGGGCGCCUUGCAGGAAUUGGCCGAGCGCAAUAUCGACAAGACCCUGCAAAGUCCAGACCUUUACAAGAAGGUUCCCGAGUAUGAACCUAUUAUCCGCCACCUGCAGAAAAGCUUGACCGACAGGCUUGCCGUGCUUGAUCGCCGCUGCCAAAUGGGCAUGAAGGUCGCCAAGCAAAAAUAUGACGGUGAAGUCUUCGUCACCGAGAGUCAAUUUCAGAACGCCCUCGAGGAUCUGGACGAGCAAGCCUACGAAGGCCAAGAAAACAGAGUCCGCAUUCUCAACAGUCUUAGAAGCAAGGACCUUCCUGUCGAUAUCCGUGAUGACCAGCAUCAGUACAAAGUUAUCACAGACUCGCAUUUUGACCGCGAGUUUGGUCUCUAUGAAUGCUACAAGAAUGGCCGCCUCAUCCCCUACCCCUCACGCGUCAUGGGCACCGAGAUGUGGCGACGAGGCCGUGCCGCCGCCGAACCCGUCUCGACGCCCGCUCCCUCUAAUGCUACCACUAAGGGCCGUGGUCGCGGUCGUGCGGCUAUUAACAAGCGCCGCGCUCAAGAACAGCCUGAUGGUCAGCCGACGCCUAAAAAGUCGACACGCGGCACCGAUGAUGGCGGCCUCCAAGAACACAUUGCCCAUGCCCCUGCCAAGGGUCUGCUGGCUUCUGCUGCCGAGGCGGAGGCUCACCCUAAUGGUGUCGCCGAGGAAGAUUCCACGCCCGCGUCACCAGAACCGACCGGUGCUGCAAACGGCGUAUCCGCUGCCGCCAAGGACCCGAGCAAGCUGCACGCUCGCGAAAAGAGUCCGCCCUUGCCCAAGAAUAUUGGCGAACCAGAUGAAUACGGUGUUCGCGUAUAUAACCAAAGAGGCCCUCGUGAAAAAGUGAUGACGAGCCGAUUCAUGGCUCGUCCUAUAUUCGACUUUAAUGACUGGGAGAUUGGUUUCAGAGACACCUACAAUGACUCCUCUAAGGGUCACACCAGAGCCAAGCGUGGCAAGUACCUCGACACGCCUAAUAAUACGGGCUGGCACUUCGAUCACUUGUGUAAUGGGUACGAUUACACGAACAUGAGUCACGACGACCUCGAUCAGGAGCUCGUGGAACACUACGGUUUGCACCCGCAAUAUGGCAUUUUUCUUCCCACUAGCAAAAACGAUCCCAUCGAAAGUGGCCCCUAUAAGAUGCCCGGAAAACCCGUCGUUUUCAUCGCCCUGCCUUCGGGCCGCGUCUCAUUUGCGUCGAGAUCAUAUAUCCCCACCGUUAACCACCGCCGCUCUGAAGACGUUCCUCUCCGCUUCUCCUUUGGUUCUACGCUGCGUCGCUUCUGCAAAAAGGGCAGUAUCAGCCAGGAAGAUUACUCCAUCACUGAGUAUCUUCCCUCUUACAACGAGUGGAAGAAGAAGUCCCUUGGCAUCGCUACCAAGGAACUGAAAAAGAGACCAAUCGUGGCAGUGGACUCGGAAACGGACGAGGAGGCCGAACCCGAGCAACCAAAGGAGGUUGUCGAGACUGGCAUGCCAAGUCUGUCAGUUUUGACUUAUGCAUCAGCCUAUGUUGCUGCCCAGGAGACUGUGAAAUCUGCGCCGCCGGCCCCCAAGCAGCCUCGGUAUGACGCUAUUAGGGACAUUUUCACCGAUAAGAUCUCGCAACCCCGCUCCGCACCGCAGCAGGACCCCGUGUCUCUUGGUCUCAGCACUCUUGCGGAGCUCUGCAAUGUGGAAGCUCGCCUUCCUGGCGGUACUGGCAUUGCCUUUGAGUCCGAGUAUAAGAGUCCGAUCAAGAAAGAAGAGACGCCGCAGGCCAGCUCCUUUGCAGCCCAACCGCCGCCACAGCGAGUCGAGCACCACUCACCUUAUGGCUACUCUUCGCGUGACCGGGCGUAUCCUCAGCCACCAUCAGCGGGCACAAUUCCGGAAAGCAGUCCGUACCCACCUCUAGAUCGGGGACUUCCACCACCGGUGCCCAUCGAGUACAAGUCCCACUAUCCUCCGCUGCCAGGUCCCAUCUCACAGGACCAUGGUUACUAUUACCCGUCGCAUGACCCCCGCGACUCAAUGGCACAGGGACGCCCGAUCGAUCUUGGCUAUGGCCAUCGUCGCCUCAGCGGCUACGGGACCGAAACCGCACCCCCUCCGCAGUCGUACUCGCGAGGCCCGUACUGGCAGUCGUCAGCCGCUCCGCCACCCGCAAUUCCGCAGCCGGCACACUUUGGCGCGCCACCUCCCCCGCCAUCCCGGCUCUCCUUCUCACAGAAUGACCCUCUUCUUCCGCCCCUGCGGCCGCCGCGCCGGAACCCAUCGCUGCCCGACGAGCCCAUGCAUGACCAGCGACCUAGCAUCCACGGCGGUAUCUACUACCCGCCUGGACCAUCCCGGUCCUACCAGCGCAGCGGGUUCCCGACGGAGCCGCUCGCGCCACUUCAGCCAAUGCCGGCCGAACGCAUGUUGCCUAACCCCCAGACCCAAGGCUACAUGGGAUCGCCGCCACCGGGCUACGCGCAUCAGGUGCUGUCGCCGACAUUUGGCAACCCUGGCCUGCCUGGCUCUAUUGGACAGAGCCCUCCUGGCACGCCGCAUGGACCGCACAGCGGCAUCCACCGCCACCGCUCUACGCCGUCUGGGUCGUCUGACGCUGGCUCUAAUAAAUAUAGGAAGCUGCAGCCCGCUCCAGUGCCCGCUCACCGCAACUGGGCAAAUAAGCCAGAGCUCAAGACAAUUCCCUACGACCACAAGGAGACGGGCUCUUCUGCGGCCCUGCCUAGCUCUGGCCCCACGCAGAUCCGCGGCUGGAACGUGAACCAACCGCGCAAGCGCAGCAAGGCGGAGAAGCUGGAACGCGCAGAAGGCAAGGGAAAGAGCAAGCCAAAAGCCUCGGCGACGGCCGCACCACCUAAGGUGCACUUUUGUGAGCCGCCGCGCUCGAGUCUGCCGCCGCUGUUCCCACGCGAGGUUGGGGUAGUGGUGGAAGAAAAGGCAAAGGAAGAGUCGCCACCGCCGCCGAAGCUAACGUUGUGCACGCCAACGCCAACAUCGUUGUCGCCACCCGCCGAGGCUGCCCCAAGCGUGUCGCAACAACAAGAAGAAACGCUACUGCACAAGCGUCUGCGGCCGAGGACCAAUGCCCAGCGCAACACGGUAGCUGCUGCGGCGGCGGCCUCGUCUCCGUCCAGGAGAAGGCGGCAGACUCGUGCGAAGCCCAGGCGUGAGACUCCCGUGCCUGUACCUGCCCCAGCCGGCGGCUCUGUGGCGGCAUCUGCUGCGCGCGUCGACGAAUCCUGA